AUGUCUUACCUCGAGCCCACUACCGGCGACGACCGCGUCAAUGAACUCCGCCUCUGGCUGUCCGGUAGCAUCACACGUGCGGACUACUUCACCUCCACCCACCACUCUCUCUCCGACCUCCACGAAGCGCUCCACGAGGGAGUCAAGGAGAUCGACAUCAUCCUCGACCAACAGCUCUUCCAACUCAUCGCGCUCGCACGGUCAGCCACCUACAACAUCGAGCUGAGCGACGAUGCCUUCUUCGACGGCCGCAAAAUCGACGUCGAGGAGCUGCGCAGCAUGUCGAUCGUCGAGCGGCUCGGACGGCGGCACACGAUUCGGUGUUUGAAGCUGGCGCAAGCCGAGAUUGAGUGGCAGAACCACGAGAUUGGUCGACUGCAAGUGCACAUGAACAACGCGGCGGAGAUGAUCACGGCGAAGCUGAGGAACAAGUUUUCGUAUCAUCCGUUGACGAGGAGGAUCGUUGAUAGGGAGCCGAAGCAGGCGCAGGAAGGUUCGUCGACGGACUCCAGCCAGGAAACCAGAGCAGGGACCGAGGAAGGCGAAGUGCUGGAAGGUCAGGAUGAGCGGGAGAGCGCAGAGGAGCUGGAGGAGAGAUUCGCCGAGAGGCAGGACAGUGCUAUGAUGGAUACGGAGAUGGAGAUGGACAUUGACACGGAAGAGGACGAUGAUGAUGACAACCAGAAGGAGAAGGUGGGAUGA